CGAGUGUUAGGGGGAAGUCUGGGUGUAGUGUGAAGAAAACGGGGAAUUAAUUUACGGCGCUUUGCGGUUAUUCUUUGUUUAAUAGCGGUCAUGUCGGUGAAUAUGGACGAACUCAGACACCAAGUCAUGAUCAACCAGUUCGUUCUGAUCGCCGGUUGUGCCGCUGACCAGGCGAAGCAGCUUCUCCAAGCGGCUCACUGGCAUUUCGAGAUGGCCCUCAGCACCUUCUUCCAAGAGGCCACCAUCCCCAGUCAUCAUCACCAGAUGAUGUGCACCCCGCGGAACACGCCCGCCACGCCACCCAACUUCCCGGACGCCAUCACCAUGUUCUCCAAGAUGAGGGCGUCGGACUGCGCCGGGGGCAACGGCACCAGCCCCGCCCCCAUCUCCAUGUCCUGCUCCCCUCCGGCCCCAUCCUUCUGGGCGUCGUCCCCGCCCCCCCACCAGCCGGCCUGGCUGCCUCCCCCCUCGCCCACCGCCCCCCACCUCCACCACCACAUGCACCCCGCCCCCAUGUGGCCCCCGACGUCCCAGCCCAGCAGCGUCCAGCCCCCCGCCACCGUACCUGCCUUACACGGACAGAGAUGA